AUGAAGAUGCCAUUAACACUUGUUUUAUUAAUGAUUGAGAUAUACACUUCAUUGGCCCAGAAACCAGCUCUCAAGACUGCAGAUAUUGUGUUUUUGGUUGCCAGCAGUAAUGCAUCUUCCCCUUACAUUAAAACAUUUAUUAGCAAAACAAUAAAUAGCUUACAUCUAGGGCCAAAUGAGUAUCGCGUAGCACUUGCUCAGUUCAGCGAUCAGGUAUACAAUGAAUUCCACCUGGAUACCUACCAAGGGAAGAAUCAAAUGCUGAACCACAUCAAAAAUAAAUUGGUGUUUAAAGGUGGCCCUUUGAAAACUGGCAAUGCUCUCAAGAAGAUUCAGGAGUCGGUUUACUGGAAAUCAAUCCCAGGACAAAACAGGUCCAAGAUUCUGAUAGUUAUGACACCUCAACCAUCUGAGGAUGACGUGAAGGAGGCUGCUCAAAUGCUACAGAAAGCAGGAGUGAAGACUGUUGCACUGGGGAUGGAAAAGGCUUCACGUGAUGAACUAUUUCUCAUAGCCACAAAACCAUAUUCUUUCUUUUUUCCUACAAUGGAAGAACUCAGUUUAUUUUCUCAAAACAUUUCUGGGAUCAUUGUUGAUGCGUUGCAAACAGAUCAGUCAAGCACUACUUCUGUGAGCACAAUGAAUAACGGAACAGCAUUAGAAGCUUGUGAUGCUGAUGCAGUUGCUGAUGUUGCCUUCAUAGUUGAUGUGGGCUCAACACAAACAAACAUUGAAAAGAUUCAAAUAUUUUUAGAGAAGCUGGUAUCGUCUCUGGAUGUGAAGGAAAAAUGUAUGAGGAUUGGCCUAGUGGCAUAUAGCAAUAAACCCCAGGCAACAUCGUUAUUGAGAAUGGCAACAGACAAAACUCAUGUCCUGCAGAGCAUUCAAAGUCUUUCCCCAAAGGGAGGAAAGGCCAACAUGGGGUCUGUCAUUCAUUUCACAAAGGAAAAAGUCUUCUCCAAAAGUGCAGGAAGUCGGAAGUCUCAAGGAGUGGAACAAAUAGCCAUUGUGAUCACUCACAGGUCUUCGGAAGAUGAUGUGAGUGGUGCAGCAACUGCUCUCAGGAGGGCUGGUGUGACUAUCUUUGCCAUUGGCAUUGAAGCAGCUAACGCCACCCAGUUAGCCCAAAUAGCUGCUUACCCACCAGAAAAAUACCUUACUCACUUAAAAACAUUUUCCCAUUUGCCAAAUAAAACUCAGAUAUUUCAUAAGAAGAUCAUGAAUCAAAUACAGCAAAAGCUUUACUUGGACACCAAAAGAGUAGAACUUCUCAAAAGAGGAUGUGUGGAUACAGAAGAAGCUGACAUUUAUUUUCUCAUCGGUGGUUCUUCAAGUAUGAAUUAUUUUGAUUUUGCGGACCUAAAAUUGUUUUUGAAAGAAGUAGUCAAAUUUUUUAUGGUUGGACCAAACAAGGUUCGGUUUGGAGUUGUACAGUAUGCUGAAAUCAACGAGCUGGAAUUUGGACCUGAGGAAUACAGUAAAACAGGUGAAAUAUUGAAAGCCAUCGAAAACAUCCGCCAAUUAAGAGGGAGUCCUCACACAGGAGAAGCUUUGAAAUUUAUUCAUCCUUUAUUAAGGAAAUCACAAGGACAACAUUCUAGAAGUGUUCCCUGCCAUCUUGUGGUGUUAACAGACCAGAUGUCAGAAGACCCUGUGAAGGAACCCGCCAAGAAGUUGAAGAAUGAAAUGGUCAACAUUUAUGCCAUUGGUAUUAGACAUGCCAACGAGUCCCAGAUUUAUGAGAUUGCAGAGUCUAAAGACAGAGCUUAUUUUGUGAACGACUUUGCCUCUUUGAAACAUAUAAAGAAUGAAGUUGUCAGAGACAUCUGUGCUGUAGAAGCCUGCAAGGAAAAGAAGAGUGAUAUUCUCUUUCUGGUGGACAGUUCUAGGAGCAUCACCCCAGAUAACUUUUUGAAAAUGAAAGACUUUAUGAGUGAAUUAGUGAACAAAUCUGACAUUGGUUUAGACCGCAUGCAUGUUGGUGUUGUCCAAUUCAGCAGCAGAAGCAAAGAAGAAUUUCGUCUCAGCCAGUAUGCUACGAAGAGUGACAUCAUCAGAGCUAUUGGGAGAAUGUCUCUUAUGGGACAGAGCACACUUACAGGAGGAGCACUGCAGUUUGUGUUGGAUCAUUUCAGGCCUAUCAAAGGUUCCCGGUCCUACGUCAAGAAAAUUCUUAUUCUUAUAACAGAUGGAGAAGCACAGGAUGAUGUGAAAACCCCUGCAGAAGUGUUGCGAGAAGAAGGCAUCAUUGUUUAUUCUGUGGGAGUAUUUAAUGCAAAUAAAACACAGUUGGUGGAGAUAAGUGGGAAGCCAGAGAUGGUGUUUUACUUGGAAGAUUUUGACAUUCUGAAGCACAUAGAAAAUGAAAUCCUCUUUGGAAUAUGUAGUCCAUAUGAUGAGUGCCGGAGAAUAGAACGUCUAGAUAUUGUUUUUGUCAUCGAUGGUUCUGGAAGUAUAGAUCCUAAAGAAUAUGAUAUUAUGAAAGAGUUCAUGAUUUCCCUGGUGAAAAAAUCAGAUGUUAGCCAUGAUCGAGUUCAAUUUGGGGCUGUAAAAUAUUCUGCUGAGCCAGAAACGUUAUUCCAUCUGAAUAGAUAUACUACAAAAUCAGCAAUCAUUAGGGCUAUCCAAAAUGAUAAAUCUAUUGGGGAAACCACAUACACAGCCAAGGCACUGCGACACUCGGAAGGUCUUUUCUCGGAGGAGCAUGGGAGCCGUAAACACCGGAGUGUCCCACAAGUUCUUAUAGUGAUAACUGAUGGGGAUUCCCACGAUGCAGCAGAACUUGAUGAAGUAUCAAAGAAGCUCAGAGCAAAUGGCAUUAUUAUAUAUGCUAUUGGGAUCGAAAGAGCCAGGCCAGAUGAGCUUCUGACCAUGGCAGGGUCCGAAGAUAAAUACUUUUAUGUGAAUACAUUUGAAGGACUAAAACACCUGUAUCCCAGAAUAUCUGAAAAGAUCUGCAGUGUUUCAAAACCAGAAUGUGGGAUUCCAGCCGAUCUGGUAUUCCUUAUCGAUGGGUCGAACAGUAUAAGUGACAGUGACUUUACCAAGAUGAAGAAUUUUCUGCAAGAUGUGGUUCGCCCGUUUGACACUGGUCACAAUGUACAAGUUGGCAUUGCUCAAUACAGUGACAGGUACCGGGAAGAAUUCAGCCUGAGCAUGUUCUCACACAAAUUGGAACUAGAAACCCAAAUUGGACGCAUUAGGCAAAUGGAAGGACUCCAGACUUACAUCGGGGCAGCUCUUGACAGUGUGAGGGACUUCUUCACACCAGAAGGUGGCAGCAGAGUAAAUGAAAACAUUCAACAGAUUUUGCUGGUGAUCACUGAUGGACGAUCUCAUGAUAAAGUGGUGAAAGCAUCAGAAGAUCUGAGAAAGAAAGGUGUUGACAUAUAUGCCAUAGGAGUAGGGAGAAUUGACCAUUUGCAGCUUAGUCAGAUAGCUGGCUCCACAGACAGGAAAUACACAGUUGAUAAUUUCAGCGAACUGAAGGUAAUUAAAAAAAGACUAGUUGAUGAUAUUUGUGAGGAAGAAAAUAAAACAACAUGCUUCAUGGAUGUUGUUGUGGGAAUAGAUGUCUCCUCACAAAAGCAAGGUGACCGUGUCUUUCAUGGACAAUACCAGCUGGAAUCCCGCCUUCCUCAAAUUAUCAAUGCUCUCACGUCCUUGACUGGUGUGAGCUGUAAACCUGGAUCUCAGUCACAAACCAGCGUGGCACUGCAAGUGAAAAACACAGAUCCACCUGUGGCUUCAAAGUUCCAAAUUGACAGUGAAAAGCUUUUGAACAGCCUUGCAGGUACCACUAUCCAGAAUGCAUCUCACCUGAAUGUGGAGUUCUUGAAUUCUCUUUGGGAAACAUUCCAAAUCAAAUCUGCAAAUCGAAGAAAGGUGCUACUCAUAUUUUCGGAUGGCUUGGAUGACAGAAUAGAAAUCCUAGAGGAGAAGUCAGAAGAACUUAGGGAAAAAGGACUGGAUGCACUGAUAACCGUUGUUCUGGAAGGACCUUCAAAUUUUAAUGACCUUCAGUACAUUGAAUUUGGAAAAGGAUUUGAAUACAAGACGCAGCUGAAUAUUGGCAUGAGAAAUAUUGACAGUCAGUUGAUCAAGUAUAUGACCAACAUUGCUGAACGCACCUGUUGCUGUGUGUUUUGCAAAUGCAUUGGUGACGCGGGAGAACCUGGUGAGGAAGGAAGAUAUGGGAUGGAGGGUCUUCGAGGACUUAAAGGAAGCCCUGGACAUUCAGGAAAUGAAGGCGAACCUGGUCCAAGAGGGUUACCAGGACCACAGGGAGAUAGAGGUUACAUAGGUUGUCGAGGUAACCGAGGCCCUAAGGGACAGAGAGGAAUAAUUGGCCGAAAGGGAAACAGUGGAGAGAAAGGAAUGGAUGGCAUUAACGGAGAACCAGGGCCAUCUGGGCUUCCAGGAAUUAAAGGUGAAAAGGGUGAAUCAGGCUAUCAGGGCAGCCCAGGAUCAAAAGGAGUUCCUGGAGAACGUGGUGAAAAAGGUUUUCGAGGAGAUCCUGGUACCCCUGGAGUAGAUAAGAAUGUGGCAGGACCAAGAGGUUUACAAGGGGAAAGAGGAAGAGGGGGUGAGAGGGGACCAACAGGCCUUACAGGAUUGCCAAAUUCCAAAGGAGCAAGGGGACACCAAGGUCAAAGAGGUCCUCAAGGCUCUCAGGGAAGAAGAGGAUCACAGGGAAUCAGUGGUUUUCCUGGACAGCAAGGAUUUAAAGGCCCGCAGGGUGAAAGAGGAAUUCGGGGAAUGAAGGGAAGGAAAGGAGAUCAAGGAAGCAAAGGGUUUCCAGGCCACCCAGGAGUAGCAGGUCCACCAGGGAUUCCUGGAAGCUGGGGAACCAAAGGGAGUAAGGGACAACCUGGUGAUCCUGGGAUGAAAGGGGAGAUAGGACUACCUGGAUCUUGGGGGAUGAGGGGAGUUGAUGGUCCCCUUACCAAUGGUGGGGCGGGAAAUAAAGGAGUUAAGGGCCAGAAAGGAUUUCCUGGAGAUAUAGGACAGGAGGGCGACAUUGGUGACACUGGAAUUCCAGGAGGACAUGGGCCAAAAGGGAUUCGUGGGCAAACGGGUCCUGCAGGUGCUACUGGCCUGAAGGGGACACCAGGAGAUCGAGGACCUCCAGGACGAAGGGGUAUUAAGGGUGAAAAGGGUGUUGCUUCCUUUUCGCCCUGUGAGCUCAUUGCUUAUAUUCAGGAGCACAGCUCUUGUUAUGAAGGAAGACCGGAAUGCCCAGUGUAUCCCACUGAGUUGGUAUUUGCCUUGGAUGUUUCCCAUGACACAACACCCCAGUUAUUUCAAAGGAUGAAGGAGAUUGUCAUAGAAGUUGUCAACAACACGAAAAUUCGGGAAAGCAAUUGCCCGGAGGGAGCCAGAGUGGCUGUCGUGUCCUACAGCUCAGAUACCGACCAUCUCAUUCGCUUUUCCGAUUUCCACAGGAAGACGCAGUUGAUUCAAGAACUCGCUGCUCUUUCUUAUCAGAGAUUGGCAAAUAAAGCAGACCUUGGUGGGUCUAUGAGAUAUGUUGCCAGGAAUAUCUUCAAGAGAACUCUCCCAGGGGCUACUGUAAGGAAAGUGGCUGUAUUUUUCAGCAGUGGUCAAUCUGUUAAUCCAAAUUCUAUCAACACAGCAAUCUUGGAAUUCAGUGCUUUCAAUAUUGUUCUGGCAGCCAUCACUUUUAAUAACACCUCUGAGGUCAAUCGUGCUUUAACGAUGGAUGAUUCUGAACAGUUUCAAGUCAUUACCAUUCCCAGAAGAGGAGAUUAUACACCCUUUUUACAUAGACUACAGCUAUGUACUAUAUGCUACGAUAAAUGUAACCCAAAUCUUGCUUGUGAACAUACCAGAAGAAAUCAUCCACCAUGGGCGUAUGUGGACAUUGCUUUCAUUUUAGAUAGCUCAUGGAAAAUGAACCCCAGUGAAUUUGAGAAGCUGGGGAGUUUCUUAAGCAGGGUGCUUAACAAUUUUGAGGUUUCCUCCGAUCCUGGAAUUUCUUCAGUUGGUGACAGAGUGGCUAUAGUGAGCCAUGCACCAUCACUCUUCCAAACUCAAAUCCAGAAAAAUCCAGUAAAGAAAGAGUUUGACUUGGUGACCUAUGGUGAGACACGGUUGAUGAAGAAGCAUAUCCAGGAAUCCUUACAACAUCUAGGUGGAGCUCCUGCUGUUGGCCAUGCCAUUCAGUGGACUCUUAAUCACAUUUUCUCAUCAGCUCCCAGCCUAAGGAAACACAAAGUUAUUGUGGUUAUAUCUGCUGGGGAGUCAAGCCCGUGGGAUAAAGAUUUAUUAAAGAAAGUGUCUCUCAGAGCCAAAUGCCAAGGCUAUGCCCUGCUGGUACUUUCUUUGGGACCUACUUACAAUAGCACAGAACUUGAGGAGCUGGCAAGUCCACCCUUGGAGCAGCACUUAAUUCAGCUUGGGAGAAUCCACAAGCCUGAUUUGGAUUAUGCACUUCAGUUCCUGAAAACAUUUCUACACCUCCUUCGGAAUGGAAUCAAUAGCUAUCCGCCAGCUGAACUCAGAACAAAAUGUAAUAAGAUCAACAUUCAGAAAACCAAAUACACAUCAAGGAGUCUCAGUCUCAUGUAA